AUGACAAGCGAAUCCGAACUUGCUGAAAACGGAAGAGCGCAUCGGGACAUGAAUUCCGGAAGUGACGAUAUGUCUGACGUAAAAUUGCUGGACGGUGGCUAUGGAUGGGUGGUUGUUGGCGCGAGUUUCUUUAACAUGUUCUGCCUGGAUGGACUUAUUGGGAUAUAUGGUCUCCUGUAUCCAGAGUUUCUCCUCCAUUUUGGGGCCGAGCCUGCCAUCACUGCUCUUCCCGGCUCCAUAAUGGUUGGUAUGUCAUGUUUAGUAGGUCCUGUCUGCAGCAAGUUGAUUCGAAGGUUCGGAUUUCGCCGGGUGACAGUGUUAGGAGCAUGUGUUACCAGUGUUGGGCUUUUAUGUAGCUAUGCAACUCACUCAAUUGCAGUCUUCUUUGUCACACACGGGAUAAUCACAGGAACUGGAUGUAGCCUGUUCUAUUUGCCGUCUGUCACUUUGGUUAAUACGUAUUUUGACAGGAAGCGUGGUGUUGCGCAAGGCAUUAUUACUGCCGGAAGUGGAUUAGGUGUCAUCGUCCUACCUCCUGUGACGAAGUUUUUGAUUGGUUAUUACGGCUGGAGAGCAACUAUUUUAUUAUGGGCGGGCUUCGUUCUCAAUAUAUGUGUCUCCGGUCUAUUGAUGCGACCCCCUCCUCCUACACAGGGAGAUACCAACAGACACGGAAAACCGAUAAACUUGGAGACGAAACCACAUAAUCAUUCUCUUUCUUCAUCUAAACAAGGGAAUGAACAAUUACAGUCGUUUUCAUAUCUGCAUGAAAAUGAUUGGAUACAGACCGAGGGAGUACGGAAUCAAUUUAUCUACUUUAAGAAUAGAGGUCAUUCAAGCACCCGUAGUCUUCCGCAAUGCUACAUCGACAAAAAUGAAAAUUCAUCGGCUCAUCUUGGUCUUUAUCGGUCUCUUCAGUGUGUUCAUCAUCCCAAACCUAAGCAAUACGAACAGGUUUCAAUGUACGCACAAAAUAUGCUUGACAGAAAAGAUAUUUUUCUAACCGGAAGUACAAACAUAUUAAAAUCAAACACAUCCAAUAAGUAUAUCCAAUCAAAACGUGUCGAGGAAAUGGAAGGAACAGAUCAUAUUUGCGCAGAAAUCGAGUCUUGUAUGACGUCAGAGAAUGACGUAAGUCACGGCUUGUGUAGAGGAUCGUGUAAACCGUUUACCACGGAUCCAGCUUUUCUCCUUCUUGUGGCGGGGUCUGCCCUAGCUCAGAUGGCGCAACACAUUCCAAUGACAUUCAUGGCCGAAUACAGUGAACUCAUUGGACUAGACGGCCAGGACAUCGCUACACUCUUCAUUCUCUUUGGUGUGGUUAGUAUUGCGGGCAGACUCGUGUGCGGGCUGUUGGCCUCAAUCCAGAUGUUCGGUCCGCUGUUUGUCUGCAACUUCGGCACUGUGGCAUGUGCUGUAGCCUGCUUCCUAUUUUGGUUGUGUACAACAUUUGAGACACUAGUAGUUUUUAUUUCAGUCUACGGAUUCUUUGUUGGGUUCCCGUUUCCCACACAACCACUGAUUACAGUAGAAUACGUCGGAUUAGACAAUCUUACAUUAGCGUUCGGUCUCAUCAUCAUGGCUAAAGGCCCUGCCGCCAUGGCAGGUCCACCAAUGGCUGGUAGCUUGUACCAGCUCACUCAGAGCUAUAUUUACUCCGUUAUAUUUGCUGGCGGUCCCCUCCUUCUCUCGGCGGCUGUCAUGUCACUGAUGCCUUUUGUUGGGAAGCGUCGCUAUAACACAAAGGAGGGUCCAGACACUGUUGUCACGUCAUCCAGUUCCUGUUGUAAUGGCAGGCAAAUUUGAAUUUGCUCGACCUACCUUUUAUCUAUUUAACACGUUUUACCUGAAAAAAUAACGCCAACAUUAAGGACAACGCAGCACCAAAUCCUCGACACGGUCUGUUGGUUUUAAAUCUUUGGUAGUUCGAAGUCAGCUAGAAU